UGUCGAUGAAACACUGAAGAUGCUUGAUGAGAGUUUUCAGUGGAGGAAAGAAAUGUCUGUCAACGAUCUCACUGAAUCUUCCAUUCCCAGAUGGUUAUUGGAAAUAGGUGGUAUUUAUCUGCACGGUUAUGACAAAGAAGGCAACAAGUUGUUCUGGAUCAGGGUGAAGUAUCACAUAAAAGACCAUAAAACCACACUGGACAAAAAGAAGCUUAUCGCAUUCUGGUUGGAACGUUAUGCUAAAAGAGAAAAUGGGAAACCUGUAACAGUGAUGUUUGACCUGUCAGAAACUGGAAUAAAUAGCAUAGACAUGGACUUUGUGCGCUUUAUCAUCAACUGCUUUAAGGUUUAUUACCCUAAAUACCUCUCAAAAAUGGUGAUCUUUGAUAUGCCUUGGAUAAUGAAUGCUGCUUUCAAAAUUGUGAAAUCCUGGCUUGGACCAGAAGCAGUGAGUUUGUUGAAGUUUGCAAGUAAAAAUGAAGUCCAAGACUAUGUCAGUGUAGAAUACCUGCCUCCCCACAUGGGUGGAACUGAUCCUUUCAAGUAUAGCUACCCACCACUAGUAGAUGAUGAUUUCCAGACACCAUUGUGUGAAAAUGGACCUAUUGCCAGUGAAGAUGAAGCUUCAAGUAAAGAAGAUCUAGAGAGUGAUGGCAAAGAAACCUUGGAAACAAUUUCCAGUGAAGAACAAACAGCUCUUCUAAAAAAGAUUAACGUUACCGAACAUACUUCCAAAGCAGAGGAAAAUGAAAAGGUUGAUUCCAAAAUGAAAGCUUUCAAAAAACCAUUGAGUGUGUUUAAAGGGCCCUUACUACACAUCAGCCCAGCAGAAGAACUGUAUUUUGGAAGUACAGAAUCUGGAGAGAAGAAAACUUUAAUAGUGUUGACAAAUGUAACUAAAAACAUCGUGGCGUUUAAGGUGAGAACAACUGCUCCAGAAAAAUACAGAGUCAAGCCAAGCAACAGCAGUUGUGACCCUGGAGCUUCAGUUGACAUAGUUGUGUCUCCCCACGGGGGUUUAACAGUCUCUGCCCAAGACCGUUUUCUGAUAAUGGCUGCAGAAAUGGAACAGUCAUCUGGCACGGGCCCAGCAGAAUUGACUCAGUUCUGGAAAGAGGUUCCCAGAAACAAAGUGAUGGAACAUAGGUUAAGAUGCCAUAUUGUUGAGAGCAGUAAACCAACCACCCUUACAUUAAAAGACAAUGCUUUUAACAUGUCAGAUAAAACCAGUGAAGAUCUUUAUCUACAACUCAAUCGUUUACUAGAAAGCAAUAGGAAGCUUGAAGACCAAGUUCAGCGGUGUAUCUGGUUCCAGCAGCUGCUGCUUUCCUUAACAAUGCUCUUGCUUGCUUUUGUCAUGUCUUUCUUCUAUUUGUUGUACACUUAA